UUGAAAAAAGAAAAUCGAAUAAUUUUAUUACGCCAUCUUUGAAAGUAGAAAGUAGUGCCCUUUUUGUGAACGCUGUGCAAAUUUGCUGAAUUUUCUGGUUUUCAUUGCCUAUAAUUGACCACUCAAUAUGAAUCGCCAUUCUGGACGAGAUAAUCGAUCCGAUCGAGGCGGCCGUGGUGGCGGAAGGCCGAUGCGUCGCAAUGAUCGCGAUGGCGGAAAGCGUUUCGAUCGCCAGGAACGCAACGGGGAAAAUCUACGUCCUAUUCGUUGGGAUCAGGUGAAGUUAGAACCUUUUAAGAAAAAUUUUUUCGAACCCGCUGCUAGCGUAUUGGAUAGGUCGCGUUCGGAGGUCUGUCAGUAUCUCGACAAGAACGAAAUCACCGUGAUAGGGAAAAAUGUUCCAGCGCCUGUCAUGUUUUUCGAAGAGAGCGGCUUUCCGAAGUGUUUCUUGGAUGAGAUGACAGCACAGGCUUUUCAGGAUCCUACGUGUAUUCAAGCCGUCGGUUGGUCAAUUGCAAUGAGUGGCAGAGAUAUGGUUGGUAUAGCCAAAACUGGCAGUGGAAAAACGCUGGCCUACAUUUUACCUGCUCUGAUUCAUAUCAGUAAUCAGGGUCGACUGUUACGUGGCGAUGGUCCUAUCGCAUUGGUGCUAGCCCCAACGCGUGAAUUGGCCCAGCAGAUUCAGCAGGUUUGCAACGAUUUCGGUCGUCGAAUGAGCAUUAUGAAUACUUGCAUAUUUGGAGGUGCUUCCAAGCAUCCUCAAGCGGAUGAUUUGCGCCGAGGUGUGGAGAUAGUUAUUGCUACGCCUGGUCGUUUGAUCGAUUUCUUGGAGAGUGGAACAACUAAUCUGCGACGUACUACGUAUUUAGUACUCGAUGAGGCUGAUCGUAUGCUGGAUAUGGGCUUCGAACCACAGAUUCGCAAGAUUAUCUCACAGAUCCGUCCGGACAGACAGGUCUUGAUGUGGUCUGCUACUUGGCCGAAGGAAAUUCGAAAGCUGGCUGAAGAAUUUCUUCGCGAUUAUAUUCAAAUCAAUGUUGGUUCACUCAAUCUGGCUGCGAAUGAAAAUAUUUUGCAAAUUAUUGAUUGCUGCCAGGAAUACGAAAAGGAAAAUCGGUUGUUCAAGUUGUUGAAUCAAUUAUCCCAGCAAGGGCAACUGAAAUCGAUUAUAUUUGUUGAGACGAAGCGUAAGGUUGACCAAAUAGUUGGAGUCAUCAAGCGUCAUGGUUGGAGAGCGGAUGGUAUUCACGGAGACAAGACGCAAAAGGAUCGUGAUUUUGUGCUAAAUACGUUCCGUCGGUCGAACACUGGAAUUUUGGUAGCAACUGAUGUGGCAUCACGUGGUUUAGACGUUGAUGAUGUUAAAUUCGUCAUAAAUUAUGACUUCCCGAACAAUACGGAAGAUUACAUUCAUCGUAUCGGACGAACUGGGCGUUCAACUAACAAGGGCACUGCAUAUACCUUUUUCACUCCUGCAAAUGCAUCGAAGGCUAAUGAUCUCAUCGGAGUAUUGAAGGAAGCUAAUCAGUUUGUCAAUCCGGAAUUGCAGGAAUAUGCUCGCCAUGGAGGUGGAGGUGGUCGCAAUCGUGGUGGUGGUGGCCGCGGUCGUGGAGGAAAUAUGGGACGCAGCGGUGGUCGCGAUCGUGAUCGCCCGAUGCGAAACGAUGCGAAGGGAAGACGAGGUGAUGACUAUCGCAGUGGCACAGGAGAUGACCGUGGUGCCAAAUUCGCCCGCCGCGAUGAUUAUGGAGGAGGAAAUCGCAACAAUUUCGCUCCCAAAACUGGAGGAGGAUUUGGUAGCGGAGCCAAUGACAGAGCUGGACCGAGAACUGGAGGUUUUGGAGAUAAAUCGGGAGGUUAUGGCGGAAGCUUUGGUGGUUCUGGUGGAUUUGGAGGAGCCAACUCUCGUAGUGAAACGAAACCUUCAUAUGGCAGUGCGGCUGAUAAACCCAGUGCAUAUGGCGGAGCUUCCGAUUCAAGAUCUACCGGUUACGGUAGCACAAGUCGUCCAAUGAAUGGCACUGGCGCAGCUUAUGGCGGCGGAAGCUCUUCCUACGGCGACGACAAACGCGUAGGAAGUGUUUCAAGCAUGCCUCCUAACUUCAGCAAACCACCACCGUCCUUUGCUCCACCUGCUGGUGGGUUCAGUGCACCACCUCCAGCAAGACGCCCGGAGGAGAGAUCUCGACCGACCUUGCCAAGCACUGUCGGAAGCUCAUUUGGUUCUCUAAACGGCGGUAGUUUAGGUUCAGCUGGAGCGAGUAGCAUCCCAAGUAACUCGCAAUACCCAUCUGGCAGAUCGUAUGGUGGUCGAGCAGGCGUUCAGUCGGCUGUUGGUGGCGGCAUAUAAAAAUCACAUUCAGACAUUCAAAAAUAAUUAUAUUAUCAAGCUAGUAAGUAAGCAUCAGAAAAAGAUACAUCUUUCAAGAACACUAGUUCCAAUCCGCUUAACCGUAACUAUGCAAGACAAUUAUUUGUGACCGUUUCGGUUUUCGCAGUUUUAUUAAUCAGUUUUAUUAUAUCUCACUUUCGCCGUGAUCGUAUAAUGUAAUUAGUUAGUAUAUUUAACUUCAUGAUUACCUAUUUUAUCUUACCUCUUGUUGCGGUAGAGAAAAUUAUAUUCCGACAAAUAUAUUAUAAUAGAAAAAUAAUAA